CUACUUUCUCGAACAUCUCUGCCUGAAGCUGAGCUAAAGGUUGCAGACACAUUCGAUUAGACUUUUCUUCCUGUCUCCGAUUCAGGAAUGUACAUGUGAAAGAAACGACUCUGUGAAAUGGCAUCAUGCGAUACAAUGUUGCAGUCCAUGUAGGAGUCAAACAAGAACGACAAAGCAGCGGGGAAAAAUCCUGUAAUAUCGCUUGUUUUGGAUAUCGCUAACUGGCUAGUUAACGACGUUGACCUAACAAUAACACGCGUGUCAUGUGGGAGUAACUCUCAUCCCUGGAGGCAAGAUGUUAGCCACACAGACCCCAGAUACAGGGCCAGAGGCAAAAGACGUCAAGCAGUGGAUUAAGGAGAAGUUGGCGUGGUCACUCAAGGCGUUGCAGAAGCGCUACGUGACAACCGAUGUCGUGGUUACCAGCGAGGAUGGUGACGCCAAUCUGCUGUGCUGCGCACUGGAGGCCAUCUUUAUCCACGGCAUCAAAAGCAAAUAUGUUCGCUCCGAGGCUGGGGGACGUGGCAGGAAAGGGGGGUCCCGGGGAGCCCUCCCCCAGCCUGUGUUCUGGAGCCUCCUCAAGACUGUCACUCACGGUGACGUGAUCACGGAGCUGGAGAAGCUGAGCUUCGUGGGUACGGACACGGGUCGUUGCCGGGCCUGGCUGCGGCUGGCCCUCAACCACGGCCUAAUGGAGUGCUACCUGGCCUCCCUGUUCCGUGAGGGCUCCAAACUGCAGGCCCACUACCAGCCCUCCGCCCUGCUGCUGGACCCUGAGGAGCGUGAGGUGCUGCUCAGUUACAUCCAGGGCCUGGCCUCCCUCACCUUCAACCUCUCUUACAAAUCGGCCGUGCUCAACGAGUGGACCACCACCCCUCUGGCUCUGGCUGGCCUCUGCCCUGCUGCACAGGCUGAAGCGCUCGACCUCCCCUUUCUCACCAAGCGCAAGGAAUCCUAUGAUACGGUGUCACAGUCAUCCGGCGGGUCGGAUACGGUUGAAGUGCAGCGAGGGGGGCCAGGGGUGCUGGGGAAGGGGAUUGGGGGGGUCUCCGGGUUUAAGACCCCACUGAAUUCGUCCAAUUUGAGCCUGGACACCACAGGGUCGUCUCAGCUCUCCUCCAGUCUGAGCUCUGACAGUCUGCUUCAAGGCCACGACCCCAAGAGCCCAGACAAGGAGCCCUGGCCAUGUGACCUGGAAAUCUCCAACAUGGAGAACAAUGGCAAUGCCAAGAGGCCUCUCAAAGAUGUUCUGGCAGACUUCAGGGAGAGUGCCCAUUCCAGUCAGGACUCCAUGCGCGAGGAUUCGUACGCGUCCACCCCAGGCGCAGACCACCUCUCUGAGAACACUGCCUUCAGUGGCUCCGACAGCGAGACCCAGGGACAUGUCACACAUCUCACUGGCCCCUCUAACCCUGCUUCACUGGGGUCAGACCAGGAGGAGCCGUCCACCAAGACCCACGCCCCCUCCAACGUGUACUCGCACAUUGAAGGGCCCUCCACUGAGAUGCCACAGGAGAAAAAAACAGAAUAUUCUGUUAAGGGCGCCUCGGAGCCUUCAGCCCACAUGAACCUACACCGCACUACCAGCGUGCUCAGUCGGAUGGUGUCUACAGACUCAGUCACACAUUCCCACUCCUGGAUCUCUGAGGAUGACAUCUAUAAGCCACACCUUGAGGAACUGGCUGACCCCGAUGAGUCUUUGCUAGGGUCUGGCCCAGCUUGUGUGAACGGAUUUACCUCUCCCCCUCUAGAGCCCGAGACCCCCCAGUCCCCCCCCAGCGUGGUCCACCGCAGGCAGAUAGGCCUCUCCAACCCUUUCCGUGGACUACUGAAGCUGGGACACCUGGAGCGGCGGGGCACGGUAGGCAUGUGGCGCGACUACUACUGUGAGCUCUCGCCCUUCGAGUUCCGCCUCUACCUGAAUGCAGAGGAGCGCACCUGCUGCGACAAUUGCUCCCUGCUGCGUUGCGAGGAUGCCUGCGUCACCUCGGCCGAGGGCCGCUUCGACCUUUCCUUCCCUGGGAAAAGGCUCCUUAUGCGGGCGGCCAACUGCGAUGAGGCCGAGGACUGGGUGGACCGCAUCACUGAAGCCGUCAACAAGUGCCGCCCGCUUCACCUCCUCGAUGACCAGUGGGAGGUGCUGCAGCUCUCUGACAGCAGUGUAACCCCGGAUGAGCCCCCAAAAUCUUCCCCUUCAUCCCCCUCCUCCGUACCCGCCAGUCCCGAUCGAGGGGGUGCUGUGGUUGAGCAGGUGCAGCAGCUGGAGCUGGACUGGACGCGUCCCACAGACCCCGAGUCAGACGCCAUUAAGGAAGCGGUGCUGUACUUCUGCCAGGACUCCGAGCCUCGCAUCUGGACUCCUCUCGUCUUCUCCCUCUCCUUAGAGACUCUCAAGGGCUUCCGGAUGCAAGACGGGCAGAAGGUGCUGCGCUGCUCCCACCCCAUCGAGGGGAUCCGGGACGUGGUCCCAGACGUUUCUAUGGGUGGACCAGCCUUCUUUAGGGUCGUAACGGCCAGGGAUACGCUCAAACUGAGGGCCAAGAGCUCCGAGGAGGCACAGGCCUGGAGGGGCCUCAUCAGGGGAGCCCUGGACUCCUACCUGGAGAGUGGAGAAGACUGGGAGCCUGAGAGCCCCGGGGUGGCCCCUGGGGCGGGAGGGAACACCCACAGACUGGUGCAGCAUAGACUGAAGGGGGACGGGGUGCUGCUGGCCCAUCUAUGCACAGUGCCCACAGAGAAGGGGUUGGACCUUCAGGGCUUCAAGUGUGCAGGUUGUCCAAAGGUGAUAGGCGUCUCCCGAGGAAAAGCCAGACUGUGUGAGUUUUCAGGGCAGUACUACUGCGACGCUUGUCACCAGGGCGACACCAUCGUCAUACCCUCCCGCAUGGUGCACAACUGGGACCUCGCACCUCGGGAGGUCUCCAGGCAUGCCCUUAAGCUGCUGGCUGAGAUUGAACAUGAGCCCCUGCUCAACCUUGACCUUUUGAACCCUGACCUGUGGGAGCAUGCCGAGGCCAUGGCCCAGGCACAGAGCCACAGACAGAGGCUGCGUCUCCUAGGAGACUACCUGCUCACCUGCCGCAGCGGAGCAUGCAAGAACAUCCAGACCAGACUGGGUCCAAGGACAUACUUAUUGGAAUCAAGCCAUCUCUACAGUGUCAUGGACUUACGACAGAUAGCGGAGGGAAUGUAUGUGGCCUACCUGAACACUUUGAUCCAGUUUGCCUCCAACCACGUCCACCACUGUGACCUUUGCACCCAGAGGGGCUUCAUCUGCCAGAUCUGUCACACUAGUGACAUCAUCUUCCCCUUCCAGUUUGACACCACCACCAGGUGUAAAGAGUGUAAGGCCGUGUCUCACGUAACCUGCAAGGCCAAGUCGCCUUCCUGUCCACGAUGCCUGCGUCUUCAGAGGUACCUCGAGAGAGAUCUGCAGGACUAACCGGCAACCCUGCAGGAAUGGUCUUUGUGACCCAGUGGGCUUCCCAUAGCUGCAGAUACCUAUGAAAUGACAAGAACAGACAUUGACAUCCUGCUUCUAGUUUCUUUUUUUCUACAUGAAUUAACCUCAAGUGCAAUUAGGAAGUGCGACUGUAUGGACCGACCACAGACCAAACAUGAUCAACCGAACUGGAUAGUGGUCGAGCCAGGAGCUAUUCGUCAACGUGCACUAACAUGGAGAGGUUUCUGCUAUUGACAUGAUUGACAAGGUGAAACAAGUUGAUAUGUUCUUACCUCUCUGAACUAGCUCUACGUCAUGAGUGUCCAAGCCAAGGAAUCAUCUGAACAAUAUAAUCCAGUAAAGGAUGAUGCCAUGAAUCUCCUUGAUGCAAUUUCUAUGACAUUUAUACAUUGAUGUUGUCAUUGUUUGGGGGGGCUUGUGGUGUUUUGUUACCUAGUUAUUUCAUGUUUACAGGAAACACUCGGUGUAAAUUUGUACAGGACUUUCUGGGAAGCUCAAAGGAGCAAGUCACUCAUAUAAAAAAUAAAUAUUAAACUGCUUCCAGUUCCACAAGACGGGAUACAUGUAUACGCCUGAGAAAAGAAACUUCACUUGAAAACGUUCUCAAACUUAGAUUGUGCCUUCAUUUGGAUUUUUUAAACUUUUACACUCAAAAACAUAAUGUUCCAUUGAUUGUAGAAUUGUGCAUCGUGCAACAUCACUGAAGGUAAGAAACGGGCGAUUUUAGGUACUGUAGGGUCAAAGCAUAGACUGUCAUUAUUGAAUGUUAGUUGCCAAAUGUCAACAGUUGUGCGUACUUUCAUCUUGAUACAAAUCCAUUAAUUUAGAAUGGGAAUUUCUUAAUUCAUUUCUUGAUAUUAUCACCAUCUGAUAAGUUCUGACCACAUAAAGAAACAUUAUUCUGGCCAAGUUAUAAUAGCUAGUCAUUAAUUAGAUGCAUUGGGUUAGGAUUUAUGCUCCACUUUACCCUGAAACCCUUUUGCUGCAAAAUAUCAGUCUAGUUCCAGGCUAACAUUGAAAAGAAGCUUUAUAGUCUUGAGAAAUUUGUUCCCCACCCAUUGUGGUAUCCUACCAGUAUGAUAAAGCCAUAUGAAAUAACAGAAUAUUGAUUAGCAUAACAACAAAUGCUAAUGUUGCAGCAAAACCAAAAAGCAGCUUUGUAGAGUGAGUGUUGGUUCGUCAAAGUUCUUGCUUCGUACCUGAACUUCUCAAUGUUUCAGGAUAUUCUAAAUCAUUUUGCAUACUUGCACCUUCACACGUUGGUAUGACUGUUUAUCCUGUAGUUAUUUUUAUUCAAUAGUUUCAGACAGUUGUCCUCCCAGAGAAAUCAUGAUUCUUUCAAAGGGUAUAUGGCCUUUUUCAUUAUUUAAUGUAUAAUUGUGUGUGGGAAUGCUUUUGCCAUUCAACCAUUGUGAGAAGUUGUCAUUAUUUGAAAUGUUAACUGAAGGAAAUGGAUGGCUUUCCUGAUAUCUGACGCCGAGAUCAUGUGAGACGAUGUGUAAAGCAGAAUUACGUACUGAAAGCAGAGCCCUGGAAUUAUGUUAUACAUCUCAUUACAUCUCUUUUACCUAUGUUUUUACGAGGUAUAUCAAGGUUUUAUUAGUAGUUAGACUGAGUUGUACACAUUCACAACUAAAAGCUGAAUUGUAGUAUACAGGCAAAAAAAGAAAGAAGAUAAAAGUUGAAGCAAAAGAUAUGGCAUGAAGUCUCUAGUCUUGACAUCUUCCGAUGGGGACUGCUCUUGGUGUGAAGGUCUCUAUUCGUGUGGUCAUUUUAUAAAUGCUCUUUAUUAUAUUAUGAUGAACAUAAGAAUAAAGACUAGUUAUCAUUUG